UAACAAUGCAUCUUUCACGUUAGUCUUGAAUUAAUUAUGCUUUUUUUUGUCUUAGUUGGUCUAGCCGUCGCUUCAACCAACCCAGCAUGGAAAGAUAACACCGAAUAUGUAUAUGACGUCAAUGGACGUACAUUAACCAGUUUACACGAUGCGGCCGAUCAAUAUUCAGGAAUCUUUUUAAAAGCUAAAUUACACGUAUCGCCUCGCUCUGACGGAAAACUGCAAGCUAGAAUUUCUGAACCUAUGUACGCCCAAAUCCAGAGCCAUUUGCCUGAUGGAUGGAAAUCUGAAGUUCCAGAAUCCCAAAUCAGCUACAAACCAUUGGCCCUGAGUCAAAACCCUUUCCAAAUGACUUUGGAAAAUGGUUUGAUUAAGUGCCUCACUGUAGAAAAGGAGCUCACCAAUUGGGAGGCUAACCUUAUCAAAAGUAUUGUGAGCCAGUUCCAAUUGGAUGUCCAAGGACAAAAUGCCAUCCGCAGUCCAAUGAACAGUUUUCCCAGCCACGGAAGAAUGGACGGAGUAUUUAAAACCAUGGAAGAAACUAUAACCGGAGAAUCUGAAACCCUUUAUGAUAUCCAUCCUCUUCCAGAAUAUUUGCUUCAAAGUAAACCCUGGUUAGCUCCACAACAAGACUUGAGAGGAAAUGGUGACGUUUUUGAAGUAAUCAAAACCAAGAACUUCACUAACUCUGAAGAAAGGCCAUCGUAUCAUUAUGGAUUUGGACAAGCCGAAGAAUCAGAACCAACCUCCAAUAACAUGGGACAAUUCCUCAUCAGAGAAUCUUCUUCCCGUGCAAUCCUUACCGGAAAGUUGUCAAGAUUUGUCAUUCAAAACUCUUUCACUGUUAACAAAAUCAUGGUAAACCCUACUUUGGAAAAUGAACAAAUGGGAUCUGUCGUCAGCAUGGUAAACGUAACUCUUAGGAAAGUUGAAACCCAAAGGAAACAACCCGAAGAAUUAUCUAAUCCCAUUGAAAUUGGAGACUUGGUCUACACUUAUGAAAAACCCAAGAACAACCAAGCUCACCCAAAAUUACAAAAGCAAUGGCAAGAAGAUGAUUCAUCUAGUGAAGAAAGCAAUGAAGGAGCCUGGAGAAGAUUCCGUCGUUCAGCUAGUCAAUUAAUUAAAAAGCAAAGUGAUGAAAGUUCCUCAGAAGAAGAACUUCAACAGCAACCAAAACCCCAAAUGUCAAAGGCUCCUGAAUCUCCACUUCUUCCAUUUACCAUGGGAUACCAUGGCAAAUCCAUCAAACAAAACCGCGACUUUGACCUUAAACAAAACGUCGAGAAGUUAGUAAAAGAAAUGAGCGAAGAAGUGCAAGAGCCAGAAAAAAUCCUUAAAGAAUCGACCUUGAACAAAUACACUAUGCUUUGCAACCUUGUCCGUUUAAUGGAUAAAGAAGAAAUUGAAUCUGUUGCACAAAAAAUGUACACUCAAAAACAACAAGAGGAUGAACGUCAAGCUUGGGAAAUCUAUCGUGACGCCGUAGCUGAAGCUGGCACUGGCCCAGCUUUCUCUACCAUCCAACAAUGGAUCCAAACCAAAAAAAUCCAAAAAAGGGAGGCUGCUGAAGUUGUUAUGUCCAUGGCUCAAGCUGUCCGGGUACCAACUGAAGAGUACAUGCGUGAAUUCUUUGAAUUGGUCAAAAACCAUCAAGUUAAGGAACAACAAGCUUUAAAUGAAAGCUCUAUUUUGGCUUACACCAACUUGGUACACAAAGUGUACAUUAACAGAAAUGAAUCUCACAACCAAUACCCUGUUCAUGCUUUCGGAAGCUUUUUCACCAAGGAAGGAAGGGAAUUUGUUAAACAAACUGUCAUCCCACACUUUGCUGAAAAAUUAGAAGAAGCUAUCUCCAACGCCGAUGCUCGCAAAAUCCACGUUUACACUAAGGCCCUCGGUAAUAUUGGACACAAACAAAUUCUUGAGGUCUUCGAACCUUACUUGGAAGGAGACAAACAAUGCUCUCAAUUCCAACGCUUUUGGAUGGUUGUUUCCUUGGAACGACUUGUAUCCAACGAACCAGAAUUAUCUCGUUCUGUCUUGUACAAAAUCUAUCAAAAUACUGCUGAAACUCCUGAAAUUCGUGUUGCCGCUGUAUUACUUAUCAUGAGCACCAAUCCCCCAGUUGAGAUGCUCCAACGCAUGGCUCAAUCCACUAACUUUGACCGUCAAGUACAAGUUAACGCUGCUGUGAAGUCGGCUAUUGAAUCGGCUAGCAACUUGAAAUCCCUAAAUUCUCAAGAACUGAAACAAGCGGCCCAAGCAGCUAAACCCCUGCUCACCAGAGAAGAAUACGGAGCCAAUCAAGGUUUUCUCUCCCUAAGUAACUACGUCAGUGAACAAAUGAACAUUGAAUUCCAACAGGACGUAGCUGUAAUCGCUAGUCAAGACAGCAAUUGGCCUUUAUCUGUUGCAUUUAAAACUGGAGGUUACAUGAAUGGAAUGAAACAAGCUAGCUCUUUCAUUGGUGGAAAGGUUUCUAGCCUCAGAGAACUCGCCAGUGUAUGGUACAAGCAAACUGAGCAAUACCGCCAAGAUCAAUCUCAAAGAUCUCAACAACAAUCAAAUGACAACCAAUGGUCCAGUGCCAGCAUCGCUAAGUUAAUGGGAUAUGAAACUGAAGAAAAGGAACAAUUAGAAGGUGUUAUUAUGACCCACAUGGGAGACCUCCAACGCCUAUGGUCUUUCGACAACCAAACCCUUGAGCAACUUCCUGAAGUUAUUCGUGAACAAGAAGAAAAUUUGAAGAACGGCAAACACUUUAACUAUGUUAAGUUUAUGCAGCAUAAGGAAAUGUCUCUUUCUUUCCCUACCGAAAUGGGUAUUCCCUUCGUUUACAGUUAUGAAUUGCCAAUGUUGACCAAAUUCCAAGGAAAACUUAAGGCUGUUGCUACGCCUAAAAUUUCCAGAAACAACAAAUUGCAGAAACCUGAACAAAUCUCUGCUCAAAUUGAAGCUUCAGUUACCAUAUCUGGCAAAGCACAAAGUCAUUUAAGUUUUGUAACUCCAUUCGAUCAUGAAAUCUAUAUGGCUGGUUAUGACAGAAACCUUCUAGUGCACGUACCAAUUAGUGCUAAGGUAGAAAUAGAUGCCAAGAACAAUGAAGCCAAGAUUGAAUUUGAAGUGAGAGAAGCUGGUCAGGAAUCUCGUAUCGCGCAUUUCGGCUCCUACCCGUACACCUCAAGAAGCAACAUCAUGACUAUCAAACCAGUAUCUCAAAGACCCAACACUCAACUCAUUAAAGAAAGUCUGAAUCAACACAGAGCUUUUGAUAUACUUUUCGGCAAAAAAGAAACUGGUUUGGCUUUCCGCGCAUGGGGACAUCAUCCUCAACAAUCCGCCAGCUUAGUUCAACUUGCACAAACUAUCCAAUCUGAAGGAUUCCUGAAUGCUUGGGAUCAAUUGUGGGAUAAGGAUGCCAUGCAAUACACUGAAGUUAACAUUGCUUUCAUUCCAAAGAAAUCCACUGUCCGCAAAAUUGCUUUACGUACCAGAUACGACCAAGAUUACAAGAGACAGCCUGAAAUCAAAAAGGAGCAAGACUUCCUCAAAUUGAAUGAGCUUGCUUCCAAGACCGAACCCAAACAACGUCAACAAGAAUUUAUGAAACAUGUGGGUUCUGGAAUUAAGAGCGCCCAAUUGGCUUCUGCUGAUAUUUCUAUUGAAGUUGAUGGAGAAAAACAACACCAAUACGUUUUGGGAUUGGCUUAUGCAAAAAGCAAUGCUGACCCCAGUUCCAGAGUCUUGGCUUACUACAAGAACAAAGACCAAGACAAGCAAGCAUGUAUUGAAGUGCAAGCUCAUAUCCCCAACACCAAUGGAUUGGACUUGACUGAAUCUUUGAAAACUGAACCUACUGCCAAAUACAACGUACGCGUUCAACAUGGACAAAACGGAAAUGACUUGACCAAAAUUUCUGCAAAAUGGGAAUUGAGCAGGAGUCAUGCCCGUAAAGAAUAUUUAGUCAACCAAGAACCCUUGUACAGAGAAUGCAAAAAAGAAAUGCAAGAACGUAACUUCCAAUUAUCAGCUUGCCAAAAUAUGACCAUCAGAGCCAAUUUCCUUGACCACAUCAAAUAUCAAAUUAAACAUGAAAACCUCAACAAACGCUUUGCUGAAGCCAUUGAGGACAUGUUCAAGGCUGCCCGUGUCUUCGCUUAUCCAAUGACUGAAAUCGAGUCUGCCUCAACCGAAGAAAAUUUGGUACAAGGUACUAUCCAAUUCCAACCAGAAGAUUUUAGACAAGUUAAUGUUACUUUAAGAACUAAAGAUGAGGAAACGAAAUUCUUUAAUAUUUCCAUUCAACACGAAGUAGCUCAAGCUAUGUUGGUAUCACACCCAGUAUUUCAUCUUCGUGCUAGACUUGCUGGAGUUGCUCAAGGAAACCAGAACAUUAGGCCAACCUGUAUGAUUGACCAAACCGCUGCUCAAACCUUCAAUAACAAGACCUACUCCAUGUAUCUUAGCAGCCAAUACACUGUUGUUAUGCAAUACACUCCCAAACAAGCUCGUGAGAAUGGAGAUGACCAACAACAAUCUGUUGAAGAAAAAUUGAAACAACAAGUUGAAAACUACGUUGUCCUUGCCCGCCAAGUGUCUGGCGAAGAAAAGGAAUUGAGAAUGACUUUCAACCACCCGAAAACUCAAGGCAAAACCGUACAAAUUGAUAUGAAACCUAAACGAGGCCAAAACUCUGCUCAAAACCCUGCUGCUACCGUUCUCGUUGAUGGAAAAGAAGUACAAUUCGACGACCAACAAAUCGCUGACUUACACAAAGGAUUUGUAGAAAUUUAUGCUUUGCCCAAUGGAGAAGUGAAAGUUGAAAUUCAAAAUGCUUUCUACAUGAUCUUUGAUGGCCAACGUGUCAAACUUACUGCCACCAGUAGCAAACUUCGUGAUUCUAUAUCUGGCCUGUGUGGACGUUUUAGCGAUGAUCAACAAGAAGACUUCACCGUUCCGGCUAACUGUGUCGUCAGAGAUGAUCAAAAAUUCGUUGAAAGCUACCAAAUUGACAAAACUGAACAACGCCGUCAGCAACGUUCUGGCGAAUGGAAUCAGGAAUGUGUAGAAAAAGUCCUUCCUGUACAUGCCAACGUUAUUUCUCAUCGUGAUGCUGGAAGAACUGGAAACCGUCACCAACAAGGUUCUAAUCAAGGUCCCAAAUUGAGAAACCGUUACAUUGAAUCUAAUGGAGAAAUCUGUUUCACAAUUAAGCCAAUCCCUACCUGCAACCAAUCUGCCCGCAAAACUGUUAGCCAGAAUGUACCAGUCCACUGCAUCCAAGGCACUAAGACCGCCUAUUACUUGAAAUCUCAGAUUGAUCAAGGUGGAAACCCAGACUUCAGUCGCAAAUCUGAAACCAAGAAAAUGCGCAUCGAGGAGCACGUGCACUGCAAUUAAAUGACAACAAUACGCAAAUCUGUAUAGAUAAACUUAAUUUUAAGACGAACAUUCAAAAAAUGUAAAAAAAAUAAUAAAAAAAAUAAACAAUUUUU